CUAAUAUUAUUUGGUUGUAAAUUUCAAUUUUAUGUUUUUACCAUAAGUAUUAUUAAAUUAAAUACUGUUAAAAUUAUUACAAUCUUAAAGAAAUAUAUAUAUAACAAGACGUACAUGGAGUAAUAAAUUAUCUUUUCUCUCUUGAAAAUUUAAUGUUUCCUUAGUCUUGGCUAAUCUCCUAAAAUGGGUGGUUUAUUCAGUUAUUUUAGAGGACUAUUAGGGGCCCGUGAAAUGCGGAUAUUGAUCCUCGGUCUAGACGGUGCCGGAAAAACGACAAUAUUGUACAAAUUACAAGUUGGCGAAGUUGUUACUACGAUUCCGACAAUCGGCUUUAAUGUAGAGCAAGUAACAUAUAAAAAUCUUAAGUUUCAAGUUUGGGAUCUUGGAGGACAAACAAGUAUCAGGCCCUAUUGGCGGUGUUACUAUGGUAACACAGAUGCAAUAAUAUAUGUUGUCGAUUCAGCAGAUAGAGAUAGAAUAGGAAUUUCGAAAGAUGAACUUGUGCAUAUGUUAAGAGAAGAUGAGUUAUCAAAUGCAAUACUGGUAGUAUUAGCAAACAAGCAGGAUAUGGCUGGCUGUCUUACUGUAGCUGAGGUGCAUCAAGCAUUAGGGUUGGAUGCUCUACGUGAUAGAACCUUCCAGAUAUUCAAGACAUCUGCCGUGAGAGGAGAAGGAUUGGAUCAAGCGAUGGAUUGGCUUUCUAAUGCACUGCAAGCGAGGAAAUAACACCAGCAUUUAUUCGAAGAGUCCUGGCUCGGCAGUGUCGGAACAAGAAGUGAUGUAGUCAUAUUUACAGCCACUAGGUUAAGUAUUCAGCAUCGCCGCCACCUUCCUCUGUUUCCUUGGAUCGACUGUUUUCAAUAGAGUUUUGUACAGUCAAGUUACGGGACAGGGCAAUCGUGAGGAACACAGGUUUCGGCCGAACCACGCCCAAGUGGCCGGUCGAUACAUAUUUUCUAGUAUUUGAUAUUAAUAUUUUCUUCGCUAAACUGAUUUUGCAUGUAUUUAUUAUGGUGCGGCAUUUUUAUAAAAUUCAAAUUGCGACGUGACGUUUGUUUUAAUUAUGAAAGGCACAAUUUUGUACUUUAGAAUUAGGCGCUUUUUUUAUAUAAAAAGUAAAAUUUGAUCGAUUCCUAUAAAUUAAUCUAUUUUUAUGGCUCACCCUUGUAUAUUUACUUAUAUAAUAAAAGAUGGAAAUUCCACAUUUUAAUAUCGUUAUAAUUGUAAAAUGGCGGCGGUGUCAUGGUAGGUUAGUGCAUUGUGAACACAAGGACUAAUUAACAAAUCAGAUUUUUGUGUAAUUUUAGUGUAUGAACGUAUGUGUAAAAAGUGUUUUAGAAGGUAAAUUUGUUGUCUAGCUUCCGAUCAAGUAGGCGUUUUACCCCUAAACACUUGAAUAAACCUGUGUUUAUCGCUCUCGAAGUAGCCCUUUGCCUUCACAAUCUGUUGCAAUAUCUACUUGUUGUCAGUCCUUGUUUCCUGAGAAUGUGUGCUACGGCGGAUGUUAUAAUUAUCUAUAAAUAUAAGUUAUUAUACAUUUUGUAUUUGUGACAGUGGACAGCUAAGUUAUUCUAUCUGGUAAGAGGCGAUUGUUCCAAAUACAUUAUUCAAUAUUA